UCACAAAUGAACCCAAAGCUGGCUUUUUACGUCACGAGAAAGGCAUUCUGGGCAAUGUUCGCAGACUUCAAUCUCGAUGAAAUAAAUGGUAAGUGGGUCGUUGUUAGCUGUCUUUGCUAUAGGUCAAAGCAAGUGACUGAUUAUGAGAGCUCUUCUUGCUGUUGAUUUUUUUAUUUUUUUCUUUUAUGGUCAAUUUACGUUUUACUCAACAAGUGAAUGUUGUUUUAAAGAAUGGAAAGAAAAAAAAAAAGAAACCUAAAAUCAAUAUAUUUACUCACAACAUAGGUGAUUCUUGCACGGACGACUCUGACAUCUACAGAACAUAUGAACAGUCGAGAUGCCCCACCACUGUUGGAAAAUACUAUGUUCCCCCUCUGAUGGGCGUCUACUACAUCAUCGUCAACAUUUUGUUGUUCAAUUUACUCAUCGCCAUGUUUAAGUAAGUUGAAGGUGUACCGCUGUCCAAUUUUAUAAAUUGUGUGUAUGGUCUUGGGCUGCCCCCAGGGGUGCCGUUGUAAAAAUGUGGUGGGGGUGGGGCGAACUAUUUAUUGUUUACCUUAUCAAUUCUCAUUGAUGAUUAAAUAAUUCAGGUUUUAUAUUUUCUGGUUGUUUAAAUAUUAAACUUCCACUUCAGCCGUUUGCCUUUUUAUGUGUAACUUGUGUUUCCUUUUUUUUUUUGUUUUAAAGCUCAAAAAUCUCCGUUGUAUACGAGAAAGCUG